GCCGGGCGGAGCGGAGCGGGGCCGGGCCGGGCUCGGCUUUGGGUGGGGGGUGGGGGGGGGAAGCGGAGAGGGACCGGGGAACCGGGGGCCGGAGCCGGGCGGAGCCGAGCGGGACGCAGCGCCGGGCGCGGAGGAGCCGCGGAGCGCAGCCAUGAGCCGCCGCGUGGUGCGCCAGAGCAAGUUCCGGCACGUCUUCGGGCAGCCGGUGAAGGCCGACCAGAUGUACGAGGACAUCCGCGUCUCCAAGGUGACGUGGGACAGCUCCUUCUGCGCCGUCAACCCCAAGUUUGUGGCCAUCAUCGUGGAGUCCGGCGGCGGGGGGGCCUUCAUGGUCCUGCCCCUCGCCAAGACGGGACGGGUGGACAAGAACCACCCGCUGGUGACGGGGCACACGGCGCCCGUGCUGGACAUCGACUGGUGUCCCCACAACGACAACGUCAUCGCCAGCGCCUCGGAGGACACCACCGUCAUGGUGUGGCAGAUCCCCGAUUACGUCCCCGUGCGCAACAUCACGGAGCCGGUGGUGACGCUGGAGGGACACUCCAAGCGGGUGGGCAUCAUCUCGUGGCACCCCACCGCCCGCAACGUCCUGCUCAGCGCAGGCUGUGACAACCUGGUGAUCCUCUGGAACGUGGGCACGGGGGAGAUGCUGCUGGUGCUGGAGGACAUGCACACCGACCUCAUCUACAACGUGGGCUGGAACCGCAACGGCAGCCUCCUCGUCACCACCUGCAAGGACAAGAAGGUCCGGGUCAUCGACCCCCGCAAGCAGCAGGUCGUGGCGGAGAAAGCCAAACCGCACGACGGCGCCCGCCCCAUCCGCGCCAUCUUCAUGGCCGAUGGCAAGAUCUUCACCACCGGCUUCAGCAAGAUGAGCGAGCGGCAGCUGGGCCUCUGGGACCUGGAGAGGUUUGCCCCCCACGAAGGGCUGAGGCCCGUGCGGGCCAUCUUCACGCGGGAAGGACACAUCUUUACCACGGGCUUUACCAGAAUGAGCCAGCGGGAGCUGGGCUUGUGGGACCCGAAAAACUUUGAGGAGCCCAUCGCCCUGCAGGAGAUGGACACGAGCAACGGGGUCCUGCUGCCCUUCUACGACCCCGACUCCAGCAUCGUCUACCUCUGCGGGAAGGGUGACAGCAGCAUCCGGUACUUCGAGAUCACGGACGAGGCGCCCUACGUGCACUACCUGAACACCUACAGCAGCAAGGAGCCCCAGCGGGGCAUGGGCUUCAUGCCCAAGCGCGGGCUGGACGUCAGCAAGUGCGAGAUCGCCCGGUUCUUCAAGCUGCACGAACGCAAGUGCGAGCCCAUCGUCAUGACGGUGCCGCGCAAGUCAGACCUCUUCCAGGACGACCUGUACCCCGACACGCCGGGCCCCGAGCCGGCCCUGGAGGCGGACGAGUGGCUGUCGGGGAAGGACGCGGAGCCCAUCCUCAUCUCGCUGCGGGACGGCUACGUCCCCGUCAAGAACCGGGAGCUGAAAGUGGUCAAGAAGAACAUCCUGGACAGCAAGCCCCCCCCGGGCCCCCGCCGCAGCCACUCCACCUGCGAACCCGACCGGCCAGCCUUGGAGGAGGUGCUGGAGGAGAUCCGUGCCCUGAAGGAGACGGUCCAAGCGCAGGAGAAGCGCAUCUCCGACCUGGAGAACAAACUCUGCCAGUUCACCAAUGGCACGGACUAGCGCGGCGGCCGCGGCCGCGGGCCAGGCGAGGACUGCCCCGGCCCCCCCCGGGGAUUAAAGCCAAGUCCCCGCAGAGGGCAGGA